AUGAGUGAAUUGAAUAGAACACACGCAUCCGCAUCACUACGCCACGAACACUCAACCAGUGCCAUCUUUUGUUUUGCUGUACCUGUCAAUGAACACGAAUUGACUAAUUUAAUUACGAAUGAUUCACUCGAUCAAUCGUGGCAAACAACAACUGAACGAACACUAAUCAGAGUAACUCGUCUUGAAUCGAAUACUGACCAACCGAAAGUGCAAAAACGCCAACGACGUCAGAUAAUAGAGGCCAUACAAACAGCUGGUUUUGUCAUAAAUGUUGCCAAAGCCGUACAAAACACCGAAAGUGAGAAUGGCGAAUACGAAAAAAUUGGUGAAGAAAUUCUGGGAAUGGCAAAGAAGGUAGCCAUCGCAGUGAUCGUGAUUGUCUCUCUAUGCACUGUUUGCUGCCUAAUUACAACAGUUGUUAUUUGUGCAAAAUGUUGUUGUAAGAAUAAAAACCGAAAACGGAAUCAAGGUACAACAACAAUUCAAGUACCUCAACCGAUCUAUGUUCAUACAGGACCUGGAGGUUACCAACCACAGUAUAAUCCUUAUCAACAACAGCAACCAUGGCCAUCUGAGAGUCGACCAAUGUUACCACAACCAAGUGCACCACCGCAACAAAAUAAUCAUUUCCAUAUUGAACAUCCUCCACCGCCAUACGAAAAACUUUAUACCGGAGUAUAA